CAGGAAGUUAUUUCUGGAACUGACCAGCAACUGGAAUCGAUGGCUGGAGGUGACCAGCAACAGGAAGUCAUGGCUGGAACUGACCGCUAGUCAUGAGUGACCAGUUGGUGGAGGAUGUGGCGAAUUAUUUCCUCUGGACGGUGAUGUCCCCAAUUCUGCUGACGAUAGGAACUAUGGGCAACAUUUUGUCAAUUGUCGUGCUAACCAGGCGAACCUCCCAGACGUCGGUGUACCUGAUGGCUCUAUCUCUGGCCGACAUCUUGGUGCUCAACACGGGUCUGCUUAGACAGUUCAUCAAGCGGGUCAGUGGCAUCGAUGUCAGGUUGCUGUCAGAACCCGGAUGUAAGAUGCACGUAAUGACCGUCUACUCCUCCCUGCACAUCUCCGUCUGGAUCCUGGUCGCCUUCACGUGCGAGCGCAUCAUCUCCGUGUUCGCGCCGCACAAAGUCCGCUCCUACUGCACCCGUCUCACGUCGACAGCGGCUGUUGCGGGCAUCACGUGCCUGCUACUGGCUCUCAACAGCCACUUCGUGUACGGCAUGGGGCGGGGCGGGAACCACACCCUGAUCACGUGUUCGGAACUCUACCCCGAGUACGAAAACUUCCUGUCCUUCACGUGGCCGUGGAUAGACUUCUCCGUCUUCUGCUUAGUGCCAUGUGUUGUACUUUUGGCGGGAAACACCAGCAUUGUUCUGGGAGUUCUUGCCAGCAAACGGAAGUCCCGGCGGGUCGGGCCCAUCCUUGAGGCGUCAGCUCAGCCGUUGCCUAGAAACAAGACGUCAUCCAUGACGGCCGUGUUGCUUAUGCUGAACCUGGUGUUCGUGCUAACCACUGCGCCAGUCAGCCUGUUUUUUAUCCUCUACCCCUCGUGGCAGGAGAGGAUUCGAACCGAGCAGGACGUUGCUCGCGCCAACCUCGUAUUCGCCGCAGUCAACUUGUUCCAGUACCUGAACAACGCUCUCAACUUCCUGCUGUACUGUGGCUCCGGUACCAAGUUCAGACAGGACCUGGCCGGUAUAUUUAGACGGGGACAGUUUGUGAUUCAUGGACGGCCAACUACAAUCACCCAUGGACGGCCAACUACAACCAUGGCCACCAGUUUUAUACGAACAGUCAGGCUAGGGAGGUCUCAAGUUUAUUAG